GGGAUGCCAUCCUUGCCCUGCACCCCUCCCUAGCUCUGGGGUUGAGAGCUGGGGAAGAUCAAUGGACGAUUGAGACUGAGGAAGGGUGUAGGGUGCUUGUGAGAGAGGCAUAUCCCUCUCUGCAGUUCAGCCACCUCCAUCCCUGGGGGAGCCUUGGGCUCAGGUCAGUUUUCUCCAUCCUUGCAGGGCAAGGACCAGCUCCUCCUGGGCUGGGAAGGAGGGAGGGCCAGCUUGCCUGGCCUUGCCUACCUUGCCAACCUCCCCAACCUGAGGAGCAGGAAAUCAAGCUCCUGGCUCCUUCAGCCACCCAGGCAGCAUGGAGUGUGCAGUGUGGGGAAGGGCCAGGGUGGUCCAGCCCGACUGACCCAAUGGCCGCCAGCCCCCUGGAGCAGCAGCUGGGCAGGCUCACUAUCUUCACCCUAGAUGACUUCAAGGACGACUGGCAUCAAGUAGCCAGCGGUGGCUUUGGUCACAUGUUCCAAGCUUGACACACGCACUGGAGAACCCAAUAUGCCAUCAAGUGCUUCCCUUGUCUCCAGCACGAGGCCACCAGGUACCUGCCACCCUGCCCCUCUCCUUUCAUAGAGGAGAAACUGAGGCUAGGCCAGCUUCUGGCCCAGGAAAUGCUGAGAGAAGGAUGGGCUGGGAUUUCAGACUUUGGUCUGUCCAAGUGGAUGGAACGGUUGACCCAGAUGCAGUGCAUCGAAAGGUCGGCUCUGUGGGGCACGCUCAGCUAUCCCCCUGAGAUGUUCCUGGACAGUAACAAGGCCACGAGGCCCAAGUACGAUGUGUAGAGCUUUGGGAUUGUCAUCUGGGAGCUCCUCACUCAGAAGAAACCAAAUUCAGGACUCAACCUGAUGACUGUCAUCAUCAGAGUGGCUGCAGGUAUGUGGCUCUCCCUGCAGCCUGUCUCUGGAUGGCCAGGCGAGGCCCAGCAGAUGGUGGACCUGAUGAGGCGCUGCUGGGACCAGGACCCCAAGAAGAGUUCGUGCUUUCUAGACAUCACAAUCGAGACAGACAUGCUACGGUCACUGCUCCAGAACUUUGUGACAGACCCCAAGAGUGAGACCCUGGCCAGGAAGGUGUCUUGUAAGCCAUCACUGCACCAGCCCCAAGAGAUCAAAGAGCUCUUUUUUCAAUAUCUUCCUCCAACAGACUCAGGAGACUACUUGAAGAGGGUCCUGCAACUCUCUGACAGCGAGAGUUUGGAUCCAAUGGAUGAGGAACUGCUGCAGGGAAGUGUGGAGCAGGUGAGGCUGCUCCUGGCACUCGAGGUUGAUGUGGACUGCCAGACAGCCUCUGGCUACACACCUCUCCUCAUUGCCGCCCAGGACUAGCAGCCUGACCUCUGAGCUCUGCUCCUGGCACAUGGUGCUGGUGCCAACCUGGUGGAUGAUGAUGGCUGGGCCCCACUGCACUUUGCAGCCCAGAAUGGGGAUGACCACACUGCCCGCCUGCUCCUGGACCAUGGGGCCCUCGUGGAUGCUCAGGAGCAUGAGGGCUGGACCCCACUCCACCUGGCCACACAGAACAAUUUUGAGAAUGUGACACGGAUUUUGGUCUCCCGUCAAGCUGACUCUAACCUACGUGAGGUUGAGGGCAGGACUCCCCUGCAUGUGGCUGCCUACUUUGGCCAUGUCAGUCUGGUCAAGCUGUUGACAGGACAGGGGGCUGAGCUGGAUGCUCAGCAGAGAAACCUGCAGACAGCCCUGCACCUGGCAGUAGAGCAGGGCAAACUGAGGGCCAUCCAACACUUGCUGAAGAGUGGGCCGGCCCCUGACGCCCUUGACGAAAAUGGCUAUGGCCCACUGCAUAUCGCUGCCACCAGGGGCAAGUACCUCAUCUGCAAGAUGCUGCUCAGGUAUGGGGCCAGCCUUGAGCUUCCCACGCACCAGGGCUGGACACUCCUGCAUCUAGCCACCUACAAGGGCCCUGAGAUCAUCCACCUGCUGGCUGAGAACCAUGCAGUCUUGGAUGCUCUUGGAGGUAUGAACUGGACACCCCUGCACCUGGCUGCCUGCUACAGGGAGGAGGUAGUGGUGUUAGCACUGCUGCAGUGUGGGACUGACCCCAAUGCCACCGAGAAGUUGGGCUGGACACCCCUCCACCUGGUGGUCCAGAGGGGUGCCUUCCUGGGCGUCAUCAACCUCCUGGAGCACCAUGCAGAUGUCUGUGCCCGCAACAAGGUGGGUUGGACACCUGCCCACCUGGCUCCUCUCCAAGAUUACACAGCCAUCCUCAAAGUUCUGGUCAAGGCUGGUGCCCAGCUAGAUGUCCAGGAUGGAGUAGGCUGCACACCCUUACAGCUGGCCCUCCGGAGCCAAAAACAGGGCACCAUGGCCUUUCUAGAGGGCAAGGAGCCUCCACUGGCUACUCUGGGAGGUGCUGAGCUGGGAACCCAGACAGAAGUUUAG